AUGCCAGCGCGCACCGGAAAGGAAUACAUCGCCGGCCUCCGAGACCGUCCGCGGGAGGUGUGGAUCGAAGGCGAGCGGGUUAAGGACGUAACCACCCACCCCGGCCUGCGCAACGGGGUGAAGGCGGUGGCCGCCCUGUAUGACAUGCAGCACGACCCCGGGCUUCGGGAGGAGAUGACCUUCGCGUCCCCCAGCACCGGGGAUCCGGUGGGGCUGUCGUUCCAGAUCCCGCGCACGGCGGAAGACCUGGUGCGCAAGCGGGAGAUGAUGUCGCACUGGGCGUGGGCGAGCUGCGGGAUGAUGGGGCGCUCGCCGGACUUCAUGAACUCCAUCUUUACCGCAUGGGCCGGCUCGGCGGACUACUUUGCCCAGGACCGGCCGGAGUUCAAGCAGAACGUGGUGGACUAUCACGAAUUUCUGCGUGAGAACGACGUCACCCUGACCCAUGCCCUGGUCAACCUACAGCGCAGUCGCACGCCGGCCGCGGCGGACAACCUGACCGGGGAUGUGGCGCUGACGGCGGUCAAGCAGACCGACGCCGGCCUGGUGGUCCGGGGCAGCCGGGUGCUGGCGACGCUGGGCCCGAUCUCGGACGAAAUCGCCAUCUAUCCCGUUGCCAGCCACCGCCUGGCGGACGACGAUUGGAAGCACUCCUUCUCGUUCUCCAUCCCGUGCGACACCCCCGGCGUGAAGUUCCUGUGCCGGCAGAGCCUGGACGAGGGCCGGUCCCAUUUCGACCACCCGCUGGGGUCGCGCUUCGAGGAGAUGGACACCGUCGUGUUCUUCGACGACGUCCUGGUGCCGUGGGAGCGGGUCUUCCUGCUGGGCAACGUGGAGCUGUGCAACAACUACGGCACGGGAACGCAGUCCAACGCCCACACUGGCUACCAGGAGCAGGUGGCGGAGAUCAUCACCUACCGGGACAUGCUGCGCGCCUGCGUGCGGGCCGCGGAGGCCGACGCCAGGCCCAACCAGUGGGGCAUGAUGUGUCCGGCCAUGGGGCCAAUCCAGGCGGGCCGCGCGCUGUUCGGCAGGACGCUGUAUCCCGCGCAUGAUCGAGAUCAUCCAGUUGCUGGGCACGAGCAGCCUGAUGGCGCUGCCGGCCGAGGCGGACUUCGACGCCGGCAUCGCGCCGGAGGUCAACCACUACCUGGCCACCGACUCGACCAGCGCCUGGGACCGCGCCAAGCUGUUCCACCUGGCCUGGGACGCGUCGUGCAGCUCGUUCAGCGGGCGGCAGGUGCUGUACGAGCGGAUGUUUGGCGGCAACCCGUGCGGAACGCGAUGAUGCUGUUCAACAACUACGACAAGGAACCCUUCCGCCAGAAGGUGCAGGAGUUCCUGGCCCUGGAGAACUGA